AUGUCCUCGGAGCAUCCGGUGAAGGGGGAACAUGAGCCGACUGUACCUAGCCCGAUGGAGGGCGUGGAAACAACGCAGCCCGGCGAUCGAACUGCCGAAGUCGACUCUAAGCCCGGCGUAGCUGCGGUACCCAUGGAUGAUGUUAAGCCAAUGGCACCUGUGUCAACAGAAGAAGACUCAAGCGAUGAUGAAGAAGAACCUCCAGUCAGCAAUCCAUCAGCCGACAUAUGCGGUGACCUGGAGAAAGCCUUAGGUCGCAACUUAACGGAGACGUUCAAGGGCUCCUUCUCAUUUAGCAAGACAUAUUCUGAUUCGCCUAAUCCCGGUCUCAACCUGCUGGCCAAUAACAUUGGCAGGAUCGGUCUACCGCUCAACGAACGCGAAGCAAAAGUCAUCAUCUCCGGAUGCAAGCAGGCCCCCUUCGGCAAGGGGGAGAGGACUGUCGUCGAUACUCAAGUGCGGGAUACCUGGGAGAUGGACGCCAGCGAAGUUCAGUUCAUCAAUCCCGAAUGGAAGACGUACAUGCAUAAAGUGCUGACGGAGGUCUGUGCUGCGCUCGGUGUGAAUAUGGCCGUCAGUCAGCCCCGUACCGAGUUGUACAAACUUUUGCUAUAUGAAACAGGCUCUCACUUCCUACCGCACGUUGAUACGGAGAAGGUGGACACCAUGUUCGCUACCAUCAUUGUCGUCCUCCCCUCGCCAUUCACCGGCGGCGCGGCCCACCUCUCCCAUGGGUCCUUAUCCGAAGUCUACGACUGCGCCCCCACCAGCGACAUGAAGACCACAGUCCUCUCCUGGUACACCGACGUCACCCACUCCAUCAAACCCAUUACAUCUGGCCACCGCCUCGCGCUCGCCUACAACGUCUACCACACAACCAACACGCUCCGCCCCUCCCUCCCGGACACGCACUCGGCCGUGGAAGCCCUCCGACACGUCCUGCUGUCGUGGAAGCAGACGACCAACCCGGACGCGCCGCGCAAGAUCAUCUACCUGCUCGACCACAAGUACUCGCAGGCGAACAUGAAGGGCAGCGCGUUGAAGGGCGUAGACGCGCACAAGCUAGCCAUUCUCCAGCUGUUGGCGAAGCAGCACGACUUCCGCCUCGGCCUCGCUAGCCUCGAAACCUCGCUUUCAGGCUAUGCGGACGAUAACGGGUGCAGCUACGGUCGAGGCCGCUACGGUCGCUAUGGGUACUACGAUGAGGACGACGAGGACGACGAUGAGGAUGUGGAUUUUGCAGAGGUCGAGGAGACGGAGACGAAGAUCACGAACUUGGUCGAUCUUGAGGGCCGCAUGCUACAAGACGAGCUAGAGUUUGAUGCGGAGGGCGACGAGUGCAUCCCGGGAGAUCUCUCAGAAGCGGUUCAGCAAGGAGACCAUGACGGUCAAGAUUACGAAGGUUACAUGGGGAAUGGCGCCGGAUCUCUCUCGCGAUGGUACCGCCGCACCGUGCUCGUCAUCUGGCCAAAGAAAUUCGGCCUCGGCAUGACCUUCGAAGACGACGUCGAGGACGCGAUCGACACGCUCGUCAACGUCUCUGAAAAGCCGCACAAGCGCGAGCGCAAGCUCGUCAACUUCCUCCUGGGCUUCGCCAGGGCGCGCGAAGGCGACAACAGCGACAUCGCGCAGAACCUUACGCAUGUCGCGUUUAUGUGGUCCGACCGCAAGUUGUUCGUGCAAGCUAUGGAGGCGUGCGGUAUAACGGGUGUCGAGACCUUAUCAAUCGAUGAUGUUAUCAAUGUGUUGGGGGAGUUUGGGAUGGAGACGGUGCAGCCAAUUCUGGAGAAAAUGAUGCUUGCCGAGAAGCUCAACGCUCACCGCUUCCAAUUCCUCGACGACCUGGAGACUGCCUGCUCAAGACUCGAGGGACCGGCAGAGGGUCAACUAGUCAACUGGCUGGCGGUCCAGCGCAAGUGGGCCCUGGAGCACUUGCAACCACCGCGAGUGGAAGACAAGCAGGAGUUGCUCGACAUUGCUUACAAGCAUGGUGGACUGCCGCUGUUGCGCGAUACCUUCGUACCGCAGCUCAAGAACAUGCCGAUCCCCGGCUGUCUGGCAACUUUCGCGGUCCUCUUGUACACGCAGAAGAUCACGCCAGACACACCAGACGAGGAGAAGACAGCUCUGAAGCAAAUUGUCACGGACUUACUCGCUGCCGCCAUCUCGAAAGCCAACUUUUUCGCCGCGACAAAGGCAGUGGCGGCCCCGCCGCGUCCCUCAUACAUGUACGGCCUACCGGCGGCAGCGCCGACGAAGGUGGCAGACCCACAAACAGCGGUCACGUAUAUCGACUACUGCCUGGCUACUGGAAACGAGCCGUUGGUCGAAACUAUCGUCGAGCGCCUAAUCGACAGAACUGGCCUCUCGCCAGCAGAGUCGCAGGCCUGCGCCAAGACGAUCCUCCUUCCCUUGCUUCCCCUUGUUGGUGCGAAGGUCAGGGCCCGGCCGGCAAAUGCACCCGACGUUCCAGGAAUUCGGCAACUGUUCGACAACGCCAUACAGGUCUAUCUGAGCGCCUUACCGCAAGCUGGUCCUUCCAAAGAAGAUAUCGCGUCGCUCGUCCAAGCUUGUAUACUCGAAGGGGGAACACGCCUGCUCAUCAAUACCAUUUGGCCUGCGCUCAAGGGAGCGCCGUAUCAAGAGGCUACUAUGCUCGCGUUCCUUCAAGAGGUUCACGCGAAGCGAGCUGAGAUCCCUGCGUCGAAUGGCGCUCCGUCCGUUGACGCCGUCAUAGCUGCCGCCUUGAAGCUCGUCAUCUCCAAAGCCGCCUUCAGCGCUGAGUCCGGUCGGCACAUCGGCUAUUAUCCAUACUACGGCCGGAGCGCCGCCCAAGGAAACCGCACCAAGACCAUCGAGCUCCUCAAGCUCUGCUUCACCUACCGCCAGAUCGGCCUCUGCAGCAACGUCUUCUCCCGCCUGCUCGACAAGUCCUACCUCAAGGCCGACUACGUCGAGCACGUGCUCGUGCCCUUCAUCCCCGAGCUCCGCCAGUUCCUCAUCAGCAACGGCACCGCGACGCACGCGGAGCCCUUUGGCGCGGUGUUCACCACGAUCGUCAGCUUGUGGGCGCGGCUCGUCUUGGGCCCCAAGCCGGCUGACACGUCGGGGGGCCUGAUUGCGCGAAUGGCGAGGCAUAGCUGUCGGUGCGACGCGUGUACCUCGGCGUUCAACUUUUUGACGGUGGGCGAGGGGAGGACGCAUACUCUGGACCGCAUCGGCGCGGUCAAGCGGCGGCACGUCGAGAAGGAGCUGGCGAUGUACGCGACUGGCGCGGCGACAUGGCAUAUGAUAGGUCGCUCCCCUCAGGGUCUAUCGAUAACGAAGGCCGAUGCGAUCUACCUGCCUGUACAAUGGAGAGCGAAGCAUGCGAAGGGUACGGCCAUAUUGCAGUCGGUCUCUAGCAACCAAGAGGAGCUACGACGGAUCUUUGGCGCGAGUUACCAGAUGAUCAUGGACGAACUACAAGGGGUGGCCCCCGUCAAGGCACCUCGAGCGCCUCUCGCCCCGGCUGCGCCUGGUCCCGCCGCCGGACCUAGCAAUGCAGCGGCCGUACCCACUCCUGCAGCGCCUGUAGUAACUACUACCACAGCGCACGUCCCUCAGCCUCCUACUCACGGAGCGCCAGCACCGUCGCGAAAGCGCAAGGCUACGUACGAUCCCAACGAUGUGAUUGACUUGUCGGAGAUUCCGCCUGCUGCACAUACGCACACCGACGCGCCCCCUGAGGAUGUCGACGUCCCGAUGGAAGAUGUAGAAGGCACCCACGCUCAAGUUCAGGCUGUUGCCCAGGACGCAGCCGCGGACAACGACUCGAGCGACGAUGAGGAGCCACCAGUCGUCGAUCCGUCGACAAACAUUUGUAGAGAUCUGGAAGACGUGUUGGACGGAGAGCUCUCAGAGACCUUCAAAGGCUCGUUCGCAUACGCAAAGACAUACUCAGACGCCCCCAAUCCCGGACUACACCUACUCGCGAAUGACAUUGGCCCCAUUGGGCUCCCCCUUCAUGAUCGCGAAGCGAAAGUCGUCAUCUCAGGUUGUCGGCAAGCCCCCUUUGGCAAGGGAGAGAGGACCGUAGUGGACAUAUCCGUUCGGGAUACAUGGGAGAUGGAUGCUAGCCAGGUUCGCUUCACCAAUCCUGCGUGGAGUGGCUAUGUGCAUCGCGUCCUGCAAGAUGUAUGUGCUGCUCUUGGUGUCGAUAUGGGAAUCAGCAGGCCGCGCUGCGAGCUCUACAAGCUCCUCUUGUACGAGACCGGGUCCCACUUUCUGCCACACGUUGACACCGAGAAGGUCGAUACGAUGUUCGCUACGAUCAUAAUCGUCCUUCCCUCUCCAUUUACAGGCGGAGCGGCCCAUCUGUCUCAUGGCUCGCUGUCCGAAGUGUUCGAUUGCUCCGCCGAAAGCGCCCACCAGACGACCGUCCUGUCCUGGUAUACUGACGUUACGCACUCCAUCAAGCCAAUCACCUCGGGCUACCGCCUCGCCCUGUCCUACAACCUCUAUCACACGACCAACGCACUCCGUCCCUCCCUGCCGUCGACGCACUUUGCCGUCAACAUGCUUCGCCACGUCUUACUCUCGUGGAAGCAGAUGAACGAGUCCGAUGCGCCCCGCAAGAUCAUCUACCUCCUCGACCACCAGUAUUCGCUGGCGAACAAGACAGGCCGUGCUCUCAAGGGCCUCGAUGCGCAUAAGCUUGCUAUCCUCCAGAUGCUGGCGAAGCAGCACGGGUUCCGCCUCGGACUCGCCAGUCUAGAAACACGUCUCGCAGGACCCGCAGACGACAACGGAGGAUAUGGUCACUACUACAACCGCAAUGUGAACUUUAUGGAGAUCGAAAGCCGGGAUACGACCAUCAUGAAUCUCACCGACCUCGAUGGCAAUGACUUGCAGGAGGAGGUGGAUUUCGACGAGGAGAGGAACGAGUGCAUUCCGCAAGAACUUACGGAGGCAGUGGAAGAAGGAGAUCACGACGACGAAGAAUACGAGGGGUACAUGGGUAAUGGUGCUGGAUCUCUUGAACGAUGGUACCGCCGCACCGUCCUCGUCAUAUGGCCGCAAAGGCGGAGUCUGGACAUGACCUUCGACGACGACAUCCAGAGCGCGGUUCAAGCCCUGCUCAAGGCGACAAACAAGCCCCACAAGCGCGAGCGUCGGCUCGUCGACUUCCUCCUCAAGGUGGCGAAGGCGAAGAAGGGAGAUCGUAGCGCUGUCGCGCGGGCCCUUUGCUUCGUCGCCGGCCAAUGGUCCGACCGCGCUCUAUUUGUCCGGACCAUGGAGGCCCGCGGCAUCUCCGGAGUCGAGGUGCUCGCGCUCGAUGACGCGCGAACAGCUAUCAGGACCUUCGGCUUUGAUACUGUCCGACCUGUCUUGAAGAAGAUGGUGCUGGCCGAGAAGAGCAACGCGUGUCGCUUCCAGUUUAUUGAGGACUUCAAGGCGGUGUCUUCUGGCUUUCAAGAGCCGACGAAAUCCUUGGUGCUUGGCUGGCUGGUGGCGCAGCAGACGUGGGCGCUGAAGCACUUGCAAGCGCCCUCACUGGGCGAUGAGAGAGAGCUGCUGGGACAUGCGGACAAGUAUGGCGGUCUGCCAUUGCUGCGUGAUGUAUUCGUGCCGCAGCUCAAAACCAUGGCCAGCCCGGCCUUCUUGUCGGCCUUUGCGAAGGUCCUCUAUUCGGAGAAGGUACAGUCUGACGCUUCCGUCGAUGUGGAGAAGGCCGCGCUCCGCUCAAUCAUCACCGACCUUCUCUCAACCGCCAUCUCCAAAGUCGACUUCUACGAGCCGACCAAGGUGAUCACGAGGAGACCCUCGUUCUGGAGCGGCCCGCAGACUACAAGGGAGCCCGAGCCGCAUCUAGCGGACAUGUACAUGGACGCGUGUCUCUCCACUGACAACGAGGCGCUGGUCGGGGUCAUCAUCGGGCGCCUGAUCGAUACCUCCGCGCUCACGCCUGAAGUAUCCCAGAGCAGAGCGAAGACGGUCCUUCUACCUCUCCUCUCGCUCGUUGGGGCGAAGAUGAAGGGUCGUACAGCGGAUGCACCGGCCAUCCCUGCCGUGCAUCAAUUGUUCGAGGUCGCGAUCCAGCUUUAUCUUGCGUCUCUGUCUCAUGCGGGGCCGACCAAGGAAGAUAUGCGAGCGCUCGUUCAAGCCAGCGCGCUUCACGGCGGCACUGGCCUGCUUGUCAAUACGAUCUGGCCGGUAGUGAAGGCCGCACCCUAUCAAGAGGCGGCAAUGCUCGCCCUUCUACAAGAGCUCCACGAUAACCGCGCCUCGAUACCCACUUCGGCAGGCGUCGACGACAUCGACACCUUCGUCUCCCGCGUUCUCCAUUUCGUCAUCGAGCGGGCCGCUUUUGCUGGGAAAGCUGGCACGUCGAUCUACUACAACUACGAUCCUGGCAUUCAAGAGAACGGGACGAAGGCGAUCGAGCUCCUGAAGCUGUGUUUCGCUCACGGGCAAACUGGGCUUUGCAGCUUGGUCUUCACUCGCCUGCUUGACAAGACCUUCCUGACGAGCAGCUACAUCGAACGCGUUCUCGUGCCCUUCAUACCUGAGCUCCGCCAGUUCCUCGCUGGCCAGAAUACGCCUUGUCACGCAGAACCCUUUGGUGCGGUGUUCACGACUAUCGUCAGCCUGUGGGCGAAGCACGUCCUGGGGCCGAAGCCGCCCGACGCAUCGCCGACCAUCCUGACGAAGCUGUCGCGGAAUGAUUGCCGAUGCAGCGAAUGCGUGCAGGCGUUCAACUUCUUGCUGAGGGGGGAGGGAGAGACACUGCGGUUGCAGUGCAUAGGCGCACCGAAGCGGAAACACGUCGAGCGUCAGCUGGCGUGUAAUGCCUAUAGUGCAGCAAAUUACGGUACGAUUCGCACCACUCCUCAAGGACUUGAGAUCACGAAGACCAAAGCUAUUUACGAACCUGCGCGGUGGAAGGCGAUGCAUGCCAAGGGGUCGGCGAUAUUGCAAUCCGUGUCGAGUGAACGGGAGGAGCUGCAGCGUGUAUUCGGCGCGAGGUACAUGAUGAUCAUGACUGCUAUGGGGCAGCCGGUGAAUCAGCCAUCAACGGUUGCGUCGAACGCGGUCGCUCCUGCCAGAGGCCCCGGUCUAGGAUUGAGCACCGCCAUGGAUCGCACCGGUGUACCCGCAAUGCAGGCUCAGCAGCAGGCAACAACAUCCACGUCUACAGUGCAGCCGUCAAGUCGAAAGCGGAAGGCAGCGCACGAUCCAAGCACGGUGAUAGAUCUGUCCAAUCUGAGUGACUGAUUUUCAAAAUUUCACGCGUGAUCUACCAUAUGAUUUGUUGUCCAUGACAUUGUUUUCUGACUGCUAUGUACACUCGUAUAUAUGACAUACUGUACCACUUUCGUACUUAACCCUGGCCGUCGACGCGAUCGGCGUGACUUCGGGUGGACGCCAAACGCGACCUGUCACUUC